ACCAACUUUUUUUCGUUCGAGGCGGGUUCGAUAUCUGGAGAGCACACCUCGCCAUGUGCAAUGCUACAAACCGUCGUGAGACGUCUCUUCCGGCCUAAUUCUGCGACUGGCGUCCCUGCAGCCUGGAUCUGCCAGGCCAGGCAAUAUGCGGCUGCGGCCGCUCCUCUGCGCAGCAAUAAGCUGAAGCUCCGGGAUUACCAACAAGAAUGCAUCAAAUCCGUAGUCCUGUCUCUCGAACGAGGGCAUAAGAGGGUUGGCAUAUCCUUGGCCACCGGUAGUGGCAAAACAGUCAUCUUCACUCAGCUCAUCGACAAGGUCUACGACCGUGUCAAAAAUGCUAGCCAGACUCUCAUCCUGGCUCAUCGCCGUGAGCUGGUAGAACAAGCAGCCAGACACUGCCAGCUUGCGUAUCCUGAUAAGAGGAUCGAGAUUGAAAUGGGAUCACUCCACGCCUCAGGCACAGCAGACAUCACCAUUGCGAGUGUCCAGAGCAUAACGUCCAGGGACCGACUGGACAAGUACGAUCCUGCAAAGUUCAAGCUCGUCCUCGUUGAUGAGGCUCAUCACAUCGUUGCUCCGGGCUAUCUCAGGACCUUGAAGCACUUCGGUCUCGAUCAGAAGAGGUAUAAUUCGCCAAUCCUGAUUGGAGUGUCUGCCACCUUCUCUCGAUUCGACGGGGUCAAGCUCGGUGCCGCGAUCGACGAGAUCGUCUACCACAAGGACUACGUCGACAUGAUAUCAGACAAAUGGCUCUCAGACGUCGUCUUCACCACAGUCGAAUCCUCCGCCAAUCUGUCCAAAGUCAAGAGCGGCGCGUUCGGCGACUUUCAAGCAGGCGAGCUCUCCAAAGCCGUCAACACCGACACCAUCAACGAGAUCACCGUCCGCAGCUGGCUCGCCAAGGCACCCGACCGAAAAUCUACGCUCGUCUUCUGCGUCGACCUUGCACACGUUUCAGGUCUGACGAAGAAGUUCCGCGAGUUCGGCUUCGACGCCCGCUUCGUCACGGGGGAUACGCCCAAGGUGGAGAGGAGCGCCACUCUCGAGGCUUUCAAGAAGCGCGAGUUCCCCGUGCUCGUCAACUGCGGCGUCUUUACCGAGGGUACCGACAUCCCCAACAUUGACUGCAUCGUGCUGGGCAGGCCGACGAGGUCGCGCAACCUGCUGGUGCAGAUGAUUGGGCGCGGCAUGAGACUGCACCCCGACAAGAAGAACUGCCACAUCAUCGAUAUGGUCUCUAGCCUUGAGACGGGCAUCGUCACUACCCCGACGCUGUUUGGCCUUGACCCCAACGAAUUAGUUGAAAAAGCCUCGGUCGACGACAUGCGGAAGAUCAAGGACCGAAAGGCGGCAGAGGCAGAACAGCAGCAACAAGGAAAUUCUUCCGGUACCAGCUCCAGCGCUUCUCCGGCCGUUACCUUCACCGAUUACUCCUCGGUCCUGGAUCUGAUCGCCGACACCUCCGGCGAGCGGCACAUCCGCUCCAUCAGCCAAUACGCCUGGGUCCAGGUCGACCCAGAGCGCUUCGUCCUCUCCGCCCCCAGUGGAUCAUACAUCCGCAUCGAGAGAAUCGCUGGCGAACAAAAGGGCAGCUCCUCAGAAGCACCUACGUACCGCGCAGUCGAGAUCCGGGCCCUUCCCCUGGGCGUCGCAAAGUCGCCCUACAGCGCUCCGCGCGAGAUCCUCAAGGCCGCCACCUUCGACGACGCAGUCCACGGCGCAGACAGUUACGCCGCAGGUGCCUUUCCACACACCUUUAUAGAGCGACGCCAGUCGUGGAGGAGGCUGCCCCCGACCCAGGGCCAGAUUGAUCUCAUCAACAAGCUGCGCGGAAAGAGCAGCAACUCGCUUUCGACUGUGGGACUGACUAAGGGCAAAGCGGCCGAUAUGAUCACGAAGCUGAAGCACGGGGCGCGUGGCCUAUUUGCACGCAUGGAAGCAGAGCAGCGAAGAAAGGAGAAGACAAGGACUACGCUUGACGGUUGGCGGCAUAGGGAGCACGUUAGGGUUGGGCCGCUGUCGGCUUGAUGAACAAAAAGGGACUCUUUUGAAUUGAUAGGGGCGCAUAUUCCAACUUCUGGCGUUAUUUAGGCGUUUUUUUUUUUG